AUGCUGACAAGACUAUUGAGACAGAGGGGUGUAUACAAACUGUCGAUCGGCUCCAAACCAAAAUAUGAAGUUACAUUAUCUCAGUUUGUUAACACUUACUUUAUACCAUAUUCAACUUAUAACCAAUUCAUUACAACGACAUCAAAGUUACAAAUACCAACUAUUCAGCUUGGUAAAUUCUACUCCACUAAAACUGCACAACGGUUAGAUUCUGACGAAUAUCGAAAUGAACACAAUAUUACAGUUAUCGGGGAUGAUGUACCAGAUCCGUAUACAGAAAUUGACACCUGUGGAUUUCCUGUUUAUAUAAAAAACUUCUUAAAUGAACAGGGAUUUUCAAAACCCACAGUUAUCCAGUCACAAGGAUGGCCUAUUGCUUUGAGUGGUAAAAACUUUGUUGGGAUUGCCCAAACUGGUACUGGUAAGACAUUGGCAUACUUGUUACCAGCAGCCGUUCAUAUUAAAGAAAAGAAGGCUAGAAGAGGUCUUGGUCCAGUUGUAUUAGUCCUAGCUCCUACAAGAGAACUUGCCCGACAAAUUGAGCAGGUGGCAAAGGAUUUUGAAAAGCUGCUAAAUAUCCGCUGUCUAUGUAUAUAUGGAGGUGCAAGUCGGUCAGUGCAAGCAGAGAAAUUAAGAGAAGGGGUUGACAUUCUUAUUGCUACACCAGGUAGAUUGAAUGACUUCCUGAACAGUAAAACUACGACAUUGAACAGAUCAACUUAUGUGGUAUUAGAUGAAGCUGAUAGAAUGUUAGAUAUGGGUUUUGAGCCACAAAUUCGGCAAGCUUUAGAAGGAGUUCCUAAAGAAAGGCAAAUUUUAAUGUUUUCUGCAACUUGGCCUAAAGAAGUACGGCAUUUAGCAAGAGAUUAUUUGGGAGACUUUGUACAAGUAAAUGUAGGAUCAACGGAGUUGUCAGCAAACCAUAACAUCAAGCAAUUGGUACAUGUCUGUGACCAGGAAGAAAAAAUGGAUAAGUUUAAAGAAAUAAUGCAUGAAAUAUCUGGAGACAAUUAUGGAAAACUUCUAAUAUUCACAAACACUAAAAGAUUUGUGGAUUCUUUGGCUAAUACACUACAGAAAAAUGGGUGGCCUGCUGUAGGCAUUCACGGUGAUAAGACACAACUACAAAGGGACAAGAUUAUUAAUCAAUUUAAAACUGGCAGGUCAAGAAUUUUAGUAGCAACUGAUGUUGCUGCCAGAGGGCUUGAUGUUGAUGGAGUCACACAUGUGGUCAACUAUGAUUUCCCGAACACAUCAGAAGACUACAUUCAUAGGAUAGGACGAACAGGUCGCCAGGAAAAUAAAGGAGUUUCACACACAAUAUUGACUGAUGAAAAUGCAAGACAAGCACAAAGUUUGAUUGAGGUGAUGAAAGAAGCAAAUCAGGAAAUUCCACGUGCGUUAUUGGAUCUGGCAGCUUGUCAUAAUAUUACUAAAGAAAAAGAAAAGCAAAGUAAAUGGAGGCCCAGACAAAAUAAUUACCAGUAUAGCAGAAGUAACUACCAGUACAAUCGGAAUAAUUACCAGUCCAAUAGAAAUAAUUAUCAAUACAACAAUAACAGGAGUUCUAACAGAUAUGGUAGUCCAAGAAGCAAUCGAUACGAAGAAGAGGAUUACUAA